AUGGGAUUUGAUAAUCCAAGAUCUGAGAGGUUUGAAGAUGGUUCUGAUGUAUCAAAAACUCCAUCAACAAAUGGUGUUAAGGUGAAAUACCACAUUGAUGGAACACAAAUACCAAAACCAAGUUCGAGAAAGGCUCAGAAAAAGGUUACAAGGAACAAGUUUUUGAAAACAAGAGUAUUAUCGAGAGUAUUCUCAGAGGAUUACGAAAGAGUGAAAAAGAGAGUAUUAGUAUUAGAUCCUAGGGGACAAAUCAUUCAUCGUUGGAACAAGAUAUUUCUGAUUUUUAUGAAGUUUCGUACCGCCUACGUUGCUCCUUCUUCCAAGGUUUUUGGUAGAGGAGAACUUGUUCUUACGUAUUCGAAGAUCGCUGUUAGGUACUUCAGCAAAGGUUUUUGGUUAGACUUUAUUGCUGCAUUGCCUCUUCCUCAGGUGUUGAUUUGGAUUAUUAUCCCGACACUUAGGGGUUCGACAAUGGCGAACACGAAAAAUGUCCUUCGAUUUUUCAUCAUUUUCCAAUAUAUUCCAAGGCUAUAUUUGAUUUUUCCACUUUCGUCGCAAAUUGUGAAAGCUACUGGUGUUGUGACAGAAACAGCAUGGGCUGGUGCUGCUUACAACCUCAUGCUUUACAUGUUGGCCAGCCAUAUUUUAGGAGCUUGCUGGUACCUUUUAUCGAUUGAACGUCAAGAAGCGUGUUGGAGAAGUGUGUGCAAUAUGGAGAAACCAAAUUGCCAAUAUGGAUUCUUUGAUUGCCAUCGAGUUAAAGAUGCGUCGAGGGUCAAUUGGUUUAUAUCUAGUAAUGUCACAAAUUUAUGUUCACCGAGUGCUGGCUUUUAUCAAUUUGGUAUAUAUGCUGAUGCCAUGACUUCUCAAGUUACAUCCUCUCCAUUCUUCAAUAAGUACUUCUUUUGUCUCUGGUGGGGCUUAAGGAAUCUCAGUUCUUUAGGACAAGGCCUUCUUACUAGCACUUUUAUUGGAGAAAUCAUGGUGGCCAUUGUUGUUGCAACACUUGGAUUGGUUCUUUUCGCGUUGCUGAUCGGUAAUAUGCAGACAUACCUGCAAUCGAUAACUGUUCGGCUAGAAGAGUGGAGGGUGAAAAGAACUGAUACAGAACAAUGGAUGCAUCACAGGCAACUACCUUCAGAACUAAGAGAGUCUAUUCGGAAAUAUAAUCAAUAUAAAUGGGUGGCUACGCGAGGAGUAGAAGAAGAAGAUCUUCUCAAAGGACUUCCACUCGAUCUUAGGAGAGACAUCAAACGCCACCUUUGUCUUGAACUAGUUCGAGGAGUUCCAUUGUUUGAUCAAAUGGACGAGAGGAUGCUAGACGCGAUAUGCGAAAGACUAAAGCCUGCACUAUGCACUCAAGGAACAUACCUUGUUCGCGAAGGCGAUCCAGUGAACGAAAUGCUUUUCAUAAUUAGAGGCCAUCUUGAUUCGUACACCACAAACGGAGGCCGAGACGGAUUCUUCAACUCAUGUCGUAUCGGUCCAGGUGAUUUCUGUGGCGAAGAGCUCUUAACAUGGGCCUUAGAUCCAAGACCAAGUGUGAUACUCCCUUCAUCGACAAGAACGGUUAAAGCUGUCUCGGAAGUAGAAGCGUUCGCGCUCAUAGCCGAAGAUCUUAAGUUUGUUGCGUCUCAAUUUAGAAGACUACAUAGUAAACAGCUUAGGCAUAAAUUCAGAUUCUAUUCACACCAAUGGAGAACCUGGGCUGCUUGUUUUGUUCAAGCUGCAUGGAGAAGGCACAAGAAAAGGAAAGAAGCUGCUGAAUUGAGGGCUAAGGAGAAUCUUAUGGCAGCUUCGGAGACCGAAAGAGAAACAAAAUAUGGGACAGGUUUUGUUGUUUAUGGAACAAGGGUGGCAAGGAGUACUAGGAAAGGUGUGGUUAGCUCUUUGCAGAAGCCAACAGAACCUGAUUUUAGUGAUGAAUAA